GUAGAUUUUCGCGGAGAAAGAGCCAAAGAGAGAGAGCUGCUGAUCCACUCAUCUUCUUUUCUUGUCUGUUCUCUCUGUCUCUCUCAAGACCCCUCUCCUUUAUAGGCUCCCCUCAAUUUGACUGCAUCUUUAAGACAGUUUUCCCUGCAGGCCUAGUUUUGUGUGUGCCUCUCGUUUCGACGCAAUAGUCGGCCCUGCUUCACUGGCUGAAUAAUCCUCCUUCUCCUCUCUCUCACACGCUCUUAUUUUUAGCUUCUAAAAUGUCUAAUCAGAGAGAAGAUGGUUUAGCUCCUUCCCCCUCUUCCUCCUCCUCUUACCCAGUUAUGUCAAGUACAGGUAAUGGACCUGCUGGUAGUAGUAAUGGUGGUAGUGUCAAUGAGAGUAUAAUGGAUGAAACAGCUGCUAGCUUAGCAGCAGGUUUAACAAGUGAUGCAAAAAAUCUUAUCAAUUCUUUACUUGGGACGAGAGGAGGAGAGAGUGGCGCACGGGAUCAGAAUUUACAAAUAUUAUCAAUGGCUGCUGCUGCAAACAGUUCUCAAAAACCACCACCAGCGAAGAACACCUCGUCCUCUCCAGCCCCUGGUCCUGUGACCACACCUACUCAAGUGACACCUGUCAGUACUCGUAAAAGAGGACGACUCCCUGUGGCAGAUCAUGACGACAGUGUGAAGAGGAGGAAGUGUGCCCCGUCCAGUGGAGGUGGUAGAGGUGCUCCUACUUCAGAGAAACAGAGCAAAGGAUUGAGGCAUUUCUCUCAGCUGGUCUGUGAGAAAGUGAGAGAGAAAGGACGAACUACAUACAAUGAGGUUGCUGAUGAAUUGGUGAAAGAAUUUGGUGAAGCUGAGAGAAGAUCAGGACAAGAUGGGCAAAUUGAUCAGAAAAACAUAAGAAGACGUGUCUAUGACGCACUCAAUGUAUUGAUGGCUAUGAAUAUCAUUAAUAAAGAAAAGAAGGACAUUCACUGGAUAGGACUGCCUACAAACUCAGUACAAGAAUGCGAGCAUAUCCAGAUGGAAUUAUCACAACAGGAAGAGCGUAUAUCUAAAAAGACGUCUGAGCUACACGAUCUAGUCUUACAAAUCCUAACUUUGAAGAAUCUCAUUAAGAGAAAUCGUGAUAAAGCAGCAGCUGGGGAGUCCCCCAGUCAAAACUCUGCCAUUGGUUUGCCAUUUAUACUCGUCAAUACAAACAAGAACACUACCAUUGAUUGCAGCAUAUCCAGUGACAAGUCUGAGUAUGUAUUCACAUUUGACAAUACAUUUGAGUUGCAUCAAGAUGUUGAUAUAUUAAAUAAGAUGGACCUGGACUGUGGUCUCAACUCCGGUAAAGUCAGCACUCGCUCUAUUGCUGAAGCUAAAGCAACUCUACCAAAAAUAUUUGAGCCAGUUAUUGAUGAUAUGGCCGUACUUUCAAGAACCAUUCCUCAAUCUCCACCAGCAGCUACUCUAUUCGAGCCUCCUCCUCCUGUCUCUGUUGCUGCCACGCCCACCAGUACUCAGUCAAGUAUCCAGCCACCCUCUCUCCCCACCCCUCUACUCAGUGACCACAGUAAUGGCUCUUUUUCGAAUCUCUCUGCCUCAUCUCCUCUUGCAAUUGCUGCUGCCGCUCUUGUUAAUUCUCAUAAUCCGGUCUCGGUUGCAGCUGCCAUUACUCAGUUGCAGCAGCUCCAGCAAGCAUCUUCUCUUCCUCCAACCACUUCUCCCUCCUCUUCUUCUUUCCUUCGCGGUGGGACUGUUACCGCUCGCCCAUUAAACUUUACUUCUUCUCCACGCCCUCAGUCUUCUCCUGGUCUCCUUGGGGUAAAGGGACACUCCUCUCAGUCUCCAAAGGUUGUCACAGUUCAACCGUUACCGAAUUCAGUUACCUCAAAGAUGGCGGAGGUCAUUGCUUCGCUUCAGUCGUCUAUUCUUAUGCAGCAGCAGCAGCAGUACGCGAUGGGUGGAGCUGCCACACCCUUAAACUCUGCACAAUCAGAGAAUGUCAUUCCUUCCAUUGCCUCGUUGUCUGACGAGUUGCCUAGCAGCAAGACUCAAGGAGGGGGCGUGACUGCUACUAUUGAUGAAUCUGAACAGGUUUCUACGUCCUCAGUUUUAACCCCUUCAAAUCCUCCAGUCUCACUGAGCACAUAAAGAACAUCAAUAUUUGUUUUCUUUGACUCCAUUACAUGUACAACUACUCUAUGUAUUGACUAACAUGGCGCUGUCGUUAGAGAAUAUAUUAAGACUAGAGAUAUAUCAUAUUAUUGUGUUGACUUACAUGAAAUAAUGCAUGUAUAUUAUAUUAUUUGUUUUUUGUUUGUUUUACUUUGAAAAAUAAUGAGGCACUACCUAAUGCUGCUUGUAGUAAGGUAGUGGAAUUAUUGAAAUAUA